AUGGUCACUGGAAGACAAUGAUUUCUAUCAGGAAGGAGGGAGAGAUUUCAGGAACUGGUAUCAUGAACCAAACAAUGCUGGGGGGAACAAUCUCUGUGUUUACAUGGAUUAUUAUGGGAAGUGGUUUGAUUUCCCAUGUGACUUUACAGAACAUAAUUUCAUUUGCUAUGAUGGUAGAGAGAAUGCCACACAGAGUUACAUCAGAGUCAAUGAUGGAAAAACUUGGUCAGAGGCUCAUAGAUACUGCAGAGAUCAUUACACAGAUCUUGUCAAUGUGAGAAAUCAGACUGAGAACCAGAAGAUAAUUGAGAGAGCAGGUGGAGGAGUCUGGAUCGGCCUGUACAGAAACAGAACUUGGUCUGACCAUCAGAUUACCAGCUACCAAAACUGGAGGCCUCAGAUUCCUGAUUAUGGAACACAACCAGAUAAUGGUGAAGAUUAUAUUUCUACGCACUUGUGGCAGAACGCUAUUUUCAGCAUUGUACUGCUGUAUCAUUCAGCCGUUCAGGCCGAUGGACAGAUGAGGUCUGUGUAUCCAGCAUGCCUUUCUUCUGCUACAGCAGAAACUGCACACAAUUGUCAUGCACCCCUCAGUAUCACUUUGUGAAUGAGUCUAAGACCUGGACUGAAGCUCAGAGAUACUGCAGACAGAAUUACACUGAUCUGGCCACCAUUGAGAACAUGGAGGAAAAGAAUAGGCUGAUUAAAACAGUACGUACUUACUAUGGCAAAGCUUGGAUUGGUCUGUAUGAUGAUCUGAAGAGCUGGAGAUGGUCACUGGACAAUACAGCAUUAAAUGGAGGAUUUAAAAGCUGGUAUGUUUCACAACCAGUGAAUUCAGGUGGACAGCGUCUAUGUACUUAUUUGUCAAAUUACCAGGGGGUAUGGAUGGACACAUCUUGCUCCUCUACAUAUCGCUUUGUUUGCUAUGAUGGAAGAGUGAAUGCUAGUGCAAGUUAUGUGUUUUUUGACCAGCACAAAACUUGGACUGAAGCUCAGAGUUACUGCAGAGAAACAUCACACAGACCUCGUCAGUAUCAGGAAUGAGGCUGAAAACUACAGGGUUCAGAUAUUACUUUCAUAUUAUUCAG